UUUGUAUUAUGUAGCCCAAUGUAAUGAUGUUGCGUCCUAUCACAAAUCCUACAAGUGCCUUAAAAAAACGAAACAACAAUACAGCGCUUAGAAAACAGAUAAUAAGUAAUAAUAUAAUGGAGCACGCGCUAUGCGCGGCUAAUAAAUCCUUCCAACGUCGAAUAAGAAGGUAAAAGUUGAAUCCCCAAUGAACCGAAGUGUUUGUGAAGUGAAUGAUGGCUGAGUUGAAUGAGGUGUGAUGCAUGAUUGAAUGAGUCGUUGAAUGUCGUCGAAUUGGGGCAUGAUUCUAAAAUGGAGACUACUAAAUUGGAUGAGGAGGAGGUGAAGAACAGCAUGAACAUACAUGAGUCGUUAUCCCGCAUUGUGAACCAAGAGAACUCUCAAGCAACGACGCAGUACGCAUUGUUCCCGCUGCCACCGUCAUCGGCAUUGGUUGGGAUAUCACUGGAGCCAGAGACGGAGGCGAAGAAGAUGGCGAGGGUGGCGAAGGAAUCCAUGAGAGUAAUUUCGGGAGAAUGUAGAGAACAGUGAGUUCAAAAGAUGUUUAGGACGCGGAGCAGCCUGGACAUUUGUCGUUGAACGUUGCUCCCUUUUAAACUCGACGGUCAUCUUGAAUCUAAUGCUCCGGAGGACUCGAGUAGAUCUCUUGAUAAGAAUUGUCCGAGUCUUAUUGUCAAAGCGUUCCUGCACCUGAAAUAUGCUAGAUCAUGAACAUAGAACAAUAAAAGCCAACGUUCGGGACUUACAAACUUUCCAAGGCAUUUCAUAUGGUUACCGAGAAACAAUAAAAACCCUGAUGACGUCACGCGACCUUGAACUUCGUUCCAACGCCCAUGCUCGCCCCUCGCCCAUGGUUUAGUUUUGCGUUCAACAGUUGUUGUAUAAUUAAUCAAUUCGAUGCAUGCGGCGUUCAACGACACAAUAAUCGUGUAAUCGAGUCACCGCUUUUGUCUUCGUCAAGGCUUGAGCAAUGCAGUCAGAGUCUUAAGGGCCAUAAUCAGAGGCCUCGGUGGAUUGGGAGGUAGAAGGCGAGGGGUGGAAAAAAGAGUAGACAGAAAGGUGAAGUCGCCAGCUUAUUGUGAAUGCACGAUUU